AUUUUAAAAACCCUUACAGGUCUCGAGAGGAGCAAGAGGAGGCUGACGGUUAUUGACGCAACAUGCUUUCUUGAAAUUUCAUUGCUCUGCUUUGGCUCGAAUCUAUCGAUACAGGUCUGUCCAGAUUUCUUCUCACUGACAGGAAUGAGACAAGAUGUUCUUUGUGAAGGGGGUCAGAACAACACAAGCCACACAACAAAGGGUGAUUUAUAAGCGGUUGUGGGGACAUGAGCUGAAGGACAAAAAAAGGACAGAGACGGCGCUGAAGGCUGGGGAGGACAGGGCCAUUCUGCUGGGUUUGAGCAUGGUGUUCAGCUCAGUCAUGAUGUACUUUGUGAUUUGUAUCACCAUGGUGCGUGCUUAUGCAGACAGUCUAUUGAUCGAUGAGACCACCUGCACUGUGCUGAACUCCUCUCUGACCAAGGAAAUCAACUGCUCCUACAACUGUGGCUCUGACUGCUGGCGAAGCUCGAAAUACCCCUGUCUGCAGGUCUACGUCAGCCUGAAUGCCACCGGUCGCAUCGGCCUGCUCUCUCACAAUGAGGAAAUGCUGGAUGUCAGUUCUGAGUGUUUUUAUGUGCCAAAAUGCCAGAAGGACCACACCGCCAUGCGCGUUCUGAUCCAGAAUAUUUCGGAUCACCUGAAGAUGCAGCAGCAGGUCAGGUGUUUCCACGAUCCCAGCGAGCAUCAGGCCAGUAUCCUCCUGAAGCGAAUCUACGGCAGCGCUUCGCUUUUACACUCGCUCUUCUGGCCAUCCUGCAUGUUAUCCGGAGGAACGCUCAUCAUCCUCAUGGUCAAGCUCACGCAAUACCUCUCCAUACUGUGUGAACAAAUCGACAAAGCCCCGAAGUGAAAGCCGCACAGACAUCGACUGACUAGGUGAAGCAAACGGAGGGAGCUUUUCAUUUCUCCUUCAAAUGGUUUUUCGGAUUCCUGCUGUUCAAGGAUUGACUGGAGAUUGAUGUUAGUCUUCCAUGACUAAGCAAUAUUGUGUCCACAAAUCAUAUCGCUGGAGUAGCGGCGUAAGCCAAAUGGGCUUAUAGUGCUUUUGGGAUAAAGGUAUUAAAAAUAUAAACAAUGCAAUAUGUAUGCAGCUGUUUGAAGCAGCGUCUGACAUCCUUUGAAUAAUCUUGUAUAAAUCAUGUGUUUGUUGGAUAAUGUAAAUAAAUUCAGGGCUCA